AUGGACGACCGUAGCCGGCAGAUCGCGCCCCCAAACACGCCGGAGCCGGAGCUUCCUGCACCUUCAGAAAGUGGCCAUGGCCGCCCGGCGGAGGAGCAGGAAGAGGAGGAGAAGGAGCCUCUGUGCAGCAAGGUGCCCGUGCGGCCCGCGGAGCUGAACGCGUACCGCGGGGCCGUGGCGCUCCGUGCCCUCUUCCUGGCGCUCUUCCUCCGGUACCGCGUCACCCACCCGGUGCCCCACGACGCCUACGGGCUAUGGCUCACGGCCGUCGCCUGCGAGUCCUGGCUCGCGCUCUCGUGGCUCGCCGCCCAGCUCCCCAAGCUCUUCCCGACCAACCGCGCCACGCGCCCCGACAAGCUGCCCAAACCUGACUCCGCCGAGAUAAUGCCGAUGACGGCGAGCGUGGACGUGUUCGUGAGCGCGGCGGACGCGGGCAGGGAGCCGCCGCUGGCGACGGCGAACACGGUGCUGUCCGUGCUCGCGGCGGACUACCCGGCGCCCGGGAGGCUCGCCUGCUACGUGUCCGACGACGGCGCGGACAUGCUGCUCCUCGAGGCGCUGUCCGAGACGGCGCGGCUCGCGAGGAGCUGGGUCCCGUUCUGCCGGCGGCACGGCGUCGAGCCCCGGGCGCCCGAGCCUUACUUCGCGCGGAGCGUCGACUACCUCCGGGACAAGGUGGCCCCGUCCUUCGUCAAGGAACGGCGCGCCAUGAAGAGGGAGUACGAGGAGUUUAAGGUGAGGAUGAACUACCUCGCUGCCAAGGCGCGCAAGGUGCCCGAGGAUGGGUGGGUCAUGUCGGACGGCACGCCCUGGCCCGGGAACAACCCGAGAGAUCACCCUGCCAUGAUACAGGUUCUUCUGGGGCACUCCGAUGAUCCUGAUGCCGAGGGGGACGAGCUGCCUCGGCUCUUCUACGUGUCGCGGGAGAAGAGGCCGGGGUUCCAGCAUCAAAAGAAAGCCGGCGCGUUGAACGCAUUGCUCCGGGUGUCUGCCGUGCUGACAAAUGGCGCCUACGUGCUCAAUCUGGACUACGACCACUACGUCAACAACAGCAGGGCACUUAGGGAGGCGAUGUGCUUCCUGAUGGACCCGGUGGCAGGGAACAGGACAUGCUUCGUCCAGUUCCCUCUGCGGCGUGCCGUCGCCGACGCCGAUGACGCAGAUCGAUUCGUGAGCCGCGACUCCGUCUUCUUCGAUAUCGACAUGAAGUGCUUGGACGGCAUCCAGGGCCCGGUUUAUGCCGGCUCCGGGUGUUGCUUCAACAGGAAGGCGCUGUACGGGUUCCAGCCCGCGGUGCCUAACGACGACGACCUGGAGGAGGAGCACAGUACGAGCCGUUGGAAGUGGUGCUGUUUCGGGGGAAGGCAGAGGCGGAAGCUGAGGAGGACCAUGUCCGUCGUCCCGUUGCUGGAGUCGGAGGAAGACGAGGAGGGAAUUGCCGAAGGAGGGAGGAGGCGGAGGCUGCGCUCGUACAGCGCCGCGUUAGAGCGGCACUUUGGCCAGUCUCCGCUGUUCAUCGCGUCGGCGUUUGGCCCGCGACCCGCUGCCAUGGCGGCCACUCUUAUCCUCAAGGAGGCCAUCCACGUCGUGAGCUGCGCCUACGAGGAGCGGACGAGAUGGGGCAAAGAGGUUGGGUGGAUUUACGGCGGCGGCGGCGGUCUGAUGACGGGAUUCAGGAUGCACGCGCGCGGGUGGGAGUCGGCGUACUGCGUGCCGGCACGUCCGGCGUUCAUGAGCUACGCCAGGUGCAUCUCCCCCUCGGAGAUGCUCGCCGGCGCGUCGCGGCGGGCGGUGGCGGCCAUGGGGAUCCUGUUGAGCCAGCGGCACUGCCCCAUCUGGGCCGGCGGCGGCAGGAGAAUGAGGCCUCUGCAGCGGCUGGCGUACGCGAACGGCGUCGCCUACCCGCUCACAUCCCUGCCGCUCACCGUCUACUGCGCGCUCCCGGCCGUCUGCCUCCUCACGGGCAAGUCCAUGUUCCCCGAAGACGACGACGUGGGCCGCUACGCCGGGGCCCUGCUCGUGCUGCUCCUGACCUCGGUGGUCGCGUCCGUGGCGCUGGAGCUCAAGUGGAGCGGCGUGUCGCUGCGGUCCUGGUGGCGGGAGGAGAAGCUCUGGGUGCUCACGGCCACGUCCGCCGGCCUCGCCGCCGUGUUCCAGGGAGUCCUCAGCGCGUGCACCGGGGUCGACGUCGGCUUCUCGGCGGACGAGACGUUAUCCGAAGAGGAGGGGACGCAGUCGGUGCGGUGGAGUCACUUGCUGGUGCCGCCGAUCAGCGUGGUGCUGGGCAACCUUGCCGGCGUGGUGGUGGCGGUGUCGUACGGGGUGGACCACGGGUACGAGUCCUGGGGCCCACUGGCGUGGAAGCUGGCGCUCGCCGCGUGGGUGGUCGCGCACUUGCAGGGGUUCCUCAGGGGACUCCUCGCGCGGCGGGGCCGGGCGCCGACCAUCGCCGUCCUCUGGUCGGUCCUCUUCGUCUCCAUCCUGUCGCUUCUCUGGGUCAACGUCCAGACGUACUAUGCGCCGUCGCCCACGCCGCAGCCCAUCUUCUGAGGGAACUCGGGAUGGUUCUUUUCUUGCUGGGCUUUGCCUUCUCAGUGCCUCGUUUGUAUCUUCUAGGUCGGGUACACGCAUAGCCCAAGCCCCAAAAGGCUUUGUUGCACAGCAAGGCCCAAACUUUCCUCUAAAAAACAGCAAGGCCCAAAUCUGUGCAUUUACAUUUUUCGGAUAUGCUAGUGUGCUUAACUGAUUAGCAUUUCCUGUUCU